UCUGUCUGCGCUCUUGAAUGGUUUAAAGUGUUUUCUGUGAGUGUGUGUGUGUGUGUGUGUGUCCGGUCGUGGUCUGGUCAUGUUGGCUGUCCGUGUGUCCGUCCUCUGUUACCUGCUGCCUCUGCUGUCCAUGAGCUCUGGAUCAGCGGAAGAGGAGAACCCGGACUUCUGGAGGACCUCGGCUCAAAACACGCUGCGCUCGGCUCUCGGCAGAAAACACAACACUAACGUGGCCAAAAACAUCGUGCUGUUUCUGGGAGACGGUAUGGGCGUGACCACCAUCACGGCGGCGCGGAUCCUGAAGGGUCAGCUGCAGAAGCGCUCUGGAGAGGAGAGCGUCAUGAACAUGGACACCUUCCCCUACGUGGGUCUCGCCAAGGUGUAUUCGGUGGAUUUUCAGAUUCCCGACAGCGCGGCGACGGCGACGGCGUACCUGUGCGGAGUCAAAUCUAACCUGAACACGCUGGGUUUGAGCGCAGCGGCCCGCAGCGGUGUGUGUCGCUCGCAGGAGGGCAACGAGGUCACCUCCAUCCUCACAUGGGCCAAAGACGCAGGGAAGUCUGUUGGCAUAGUAACCACGACACGCGUUCAGCACGCGACCCCCGCGGCGUCGUACGCGCACAGCUCCAGCCGGAAGUGGUACAGCGACGCCGAUCUACCGACUUCCGCCGUCUCCGGAGGCUGCACAGACAUCUCCUCACAGCUGCUCCGAAACACCGACAUAGACGUGAUCAUCGGAGGAGGACGGAAGUACAUGACGCCUAAAGGGUUUCCCGAUCCGGAGUAUCCCGCCGAUCUGAGCGCGCAAGGACAGAGAAAAGACGGCAGAAACCUCGUCGACGAGUGGCUGAGCAUGAAGGAGGGAAAGGUUGCCAGAUAUGUGUGGAAUAAGACGGACUUUGACACCGUGGACCCUGAGAAGACGGAUUAUCUGAUGGCCCUCUUUGAGCCGGGUGACCUCCGGUUCGAAGCGGAGCGAGAUCGCAGCAUGGAUCCCUCCAUCUCAGAGACCACGGAAAAAGCCAUCCGGAUCCUAAAGAAAAAUCCCAAAGGAUUCUUUCUGCUGGUCGAAGGCGGUCGUAUCGAUCAGGGACACCACAGCAGCCGAGCAUCCAUGGCUCUGCACGAGGCGGUUGCCCUUGACGACGCCGUCGCCCGCGGCCUGGAGCUGACCAAUGAGGAGGAGACCCUGACCGUCGUCACGGCGGACCACUCCCACGCCUUCACCUUCAACGGCUACCCGUUCAGAGGGAACAGCAUUCUGGGAAAGUCUCCGAUCUUUGCCAUGGACUUCUUGCCCUACACAACUCUGAUGUACGGAAACGGCCCGGGGCACAAAAUCACCGACAACAAGCGUCCAGACAUCCGUAGCAUCGACACCGCCGAUAAGGACUAUGUUCAGCAGUCGGCCGUCCCGCUGGACUCUGAGACCCACGGAGGCGAGGACGUGGCCCUGUUCGCUCGCGGGCCCAUGGCUCAUCUCUUCCAGGGCGUUUACGAGCAGAACUACAUCGCACACGCCAUGGCUUACGCGGCCUGCGUCGGGGCCAAUCAGGAACACUGCACUGAACCGGCCGACACUCCCUUCACCUCCACUGACCCGGGAAGCUCCGCCCCCGACACGCCCCUCGGCGCCAUGACGACAGUGAUGCUGAGCGCUCUGAUGAGUGCGUUACUGCACUGAGACCGUGACGGCGGCAAUCGAUCGUAAUCUCACUCUUCAGACAAAACAAAACUUGAGAUUGCGGGAGACGAAACUGAAAGAACGCAAAUGCAUCAUUCUAACUAACGUUAUUACCGUUAAAGUGCCUCCAUUGUGAUUUUUUCAAAAGAAACAGUCGACUCUGAAUCAUAGAAACGAGUCAUUUUUAAAAUGAUUCUCUUUAAACGUAUUUAAAGGCAUAUUUCCUGCCUGCUUGUUGGUCUGAAUGAAAAUGCAAUACUCAUUCUUGGCCACUUGGCCACUGCUUUAAAUGUAAUGACCAAUCAAAGGAGGGGUUUGGAAAAAAAUAUAUAUUUAAAAGAAUCGUUUGGGAGUCGUUGAGCAAGCAAGGUAAAAAUAAAUGCAUGUUAAAAGGCAAUGUGUUUUUUGACUUUGCAUGCAAGCCAACGUUGUCGAAAUGUAUGCAAUGUAUGCAAACCAAAAUAUAGACCUUUCAUAACCCUUUUGUUGCUCUCCAGGUUAGGAUUAAUUAUAGCCUAACCCAAUGUUAACAACGCACACGAUAAACCCGUCUUUUAGGUAAGUGAGUGUCACGCCAUGACAGCUUUUAGAAACUCAGUUAAAGCAUCGCGUCCCAAAAAGAUUCGAAGCGCUCCAUUCGGUUCGCACGCCGCGAGUCGUUCGAUUCAAAACUUCACGGCGCGUUUUGCGAAUGAUUUUCUCCCAAUCGGGGAUUAAAAAUGAAUUAAGCAGAGGCAGGAAGGGAGGGAUCUCCUCACAAAUCGCACCCUGCCCGUAAUUCAUAAUUCAUAACCCCUCUUUUUUAAGCUCACUUCAUUUCCAAAGAUAUCGCCGACCCGAAAGCGCUAUAUAGCUAAAUAACGGUGGACUCGCUUCUCCAGUAAGCUCUCCCAAACGGCAAAUUUGCUAAAACGCUUAAAAUGGACAGUUUUGUCCUCCGUUGAGCUCAAAUCCGUUUCCUCUCCGCUAGCGUUAGCCGCUAGGCUAGUUGGGCUGAAGUUGGCAGACUAGCCUUCUACAGGCCUCGGCUGAUCUCUGCGGCUAAUUAAAGAGAGAGGUGGAGCACAUUUGAUGUCAUUAUCACACACGGGCUCAUAAAUAAUAAAUCACACCCAAAGACGGUUAUUUUUAGCAGCCCGUGAGUCAUUAAUGUAACUGUUAGGACAUCUGCUGUGUCUCAUCAAACCUGAGAGAACUUCUAAUUUAAGCGUGUUACAAUGCAAAGGUGCAUUUGUCGCACAGCUGUCGACAGACACGAACGGCAGGGCCAUGCCUGGCUAUAAAAAGGCAAAUCGUGUUUUUUUUUAUUAUUUGUGCAUGCACUAAAAUUUAGCAGCCACGUUGCAUUAUUAGACAAACUCUGCCGCAAUCAAUUGUUAAACCUUCAGAGAGGUUUCAUUCAGGUUGCAGUUCAAAUUGCAGCACAACAAAAACAAAUGCAAUA